AUGAUGCUCGUUGGUGAUACCUUCGGCUUUUAUCAGCUAGUGCUGAGGAAACAUUCAUGCAGGCUUCGUUAUAUCCUACAUCAGUUGAAUAGCGGUCAAUUACCCUUGGAAGAUCUAAAACGAAACAUCGAAUAUGCAGCGUUGGUGCUCGAAACGGCCUAUAUGGAUGAGACUCGGCGGAUAUGCGAUGAAGACGACGACUUGGCUGAAGUCACCCCGGAAACCGUCCCUGAUGAGGUUCGCGAAUGGUUGGCAGCCACGUUUACCCGGCAGAAUGCCGGUAAAAAACGGGAAAAGCCAAAGUUCAAAUCGGUUGCAAAUGCCAUUCGAACUGGAAUCUUCUUUGACAAGCUCUUCCGUAAGCAGCAAAGCGUUCAGUGCCCGAUUCCACCAGAAAUCGCUGAGUUACUUAGGGAAAUAAACUCAUGGUCUUUCAAUCCGUUCUACUUAAACGAGGUCUCCGAAGGACAUGCCCUCAAAUACGUUGGAUUUGAGCUGUUCAAUCGAUACGGAUUUAUGGAUCGAUUUAAGAUUCCGCUUUUGCCUCUCGAGAAUUAUCUACAUGCCCUUGAACAAGGCUACAGCAAACACAACAAUCCCUACCAUAACGUUGUUCAUGCAGCUGACGUUACACAAUCGUCACAUUUCAUGCUCAGCCAGACUGGACUAGCGAGCAGCCUUGGUGAGCUGGAACUGUUGGCUGUACUGUUUGGAGCUCUGAUCCACGACUACGAGCACACUGGUCACACAAACAAUUUCCACAUUCAAUCCGGGUCUAAUAUCGCAUUACUGUAUAAUGAUCGAAGUGUUCUGGAAAAUCAUCACGUGUCAGCAUGUUUCCGUCUGAUGAAGGAGGAUGAUAAGAACAUCUUCUCACAUCUUACCAGGGAUGAAUACAGAGAACUCCGGAAUAUGGUCAUUGAGAUCGUCCUUGCCACCGACAUGUCCACUCAUUUUGUACAAAUCAAAACUAUGAAGAAUAUGCUUUCGUUACCAGAGGGGAUCGACAAAAACAAGGCAUUGUGUUUGAUUGUCCACGCCUGUGACAUCUCCCAUCCUUCAAAGCCAUGGCAGCUGCAUGAACGGUGGACACAGGGUGUGCUCGAGGAGUUCUUUCGACAAGGUGAUUUGGAAGCAUCCAUGGGACUGCCCUAUUCUCCACUUUGUGAUCGACAUACAGUUCACGUGGCUGACAGUCAGAUCGGUUUCAUCGACUUCAUUGUCGAGCCGACUAUGGUGGUAUGUGGAGAGCUGUUGACGAAAAUGGUCGAACCGUUAGUGUCGCUUCCUCCAAGCGACAGUCUAUUCCCACCUAACGGAGAUCAGAACGAAUCAACAAGCCCUAGUGCGGCUCUCAGUCCUCUGCCUGAUGCAAGAAACUCAUCAAUAACACCAUCGAACGCCAUUCGACGUCUUCCGCUCAGUUAUUGUGGGAAAUUGGAAAUCCCUACACCAUGGAUGAAAUUCCUUCAUGACAAUAAG